CUCUUGUUCAUACCAUUUUUGAAAUGCUAGAUUUAUCUGCAUGCUGCCAGUUUACUCGUAAGUUACCACUACACAGACCGAUAAGAUAAGAGAAAGGGAAAGGCGAUUGAUUGAUAGCGACCUAAUGACGUCCACGGUCCGUCAUUCGUCAAGUCAACUCCAUGAGGAAAGAGUGCAAGCUCACCGCACCUGGCAGACAUCCAGACACACAGCAUCAACCGCCCUUAUGGCGCAAUUUCAACCCACUUCUUCCCUAUCGACAAACGCAUCAGAUUCCAGGAUUCCUCGGCAUACCGGAAAAGGCAAUCAAGCGUGUGGACCGAACGCUGACCCCCUCCCCACUCCUUUGGUGCGAAGAGCAAUCGAGGGGGGGUCCAGAAUGGGGGAAAUGGGCGGAUCCUCUCUGCAGCAGGAUGGGAGAUGACAACGGAUCUGGGCAACAACAUCAUUCAGCUUUUCUUCUUCCCGGUCAUCGAUCGGAAGGUUGACGCCACAGGGCCCAGCUCAUUGACGUAUGAGUACUGAUUAUUUCUCUGCUGAUUGUGCAAGGGAUUCGGUUGUGGGCAUGUAAUGUCAGAGUGACAUCAUGUAGCAUGCUCCCAUGUACUGCACCGGUUGACGACAUGCAAGCUCAUGC